AUGCAUAUUCCAACACCUAUUAAUGGUCAGUCUGACAAGGAUAAUAGCACCAACUCUAUGAAUCUAGAACAAGCACAAAAUGAUACUCCUGAGAAAUUUACACAAAGUGCAAUUUCACCCAAAAUUUCUCAAAAUACCACAUCUAUUCUGACCCAUGACCAGAAAACUAUUCAAUUAGAAUCUCAAACCUUUAUUGAAUCAGGGCAAAUGCCCAUUGAUCAAAAGCAAAAUAUCAUUUCUUCCGAAAUAGCGGAGCUAGCAAGACCAAAAAUUUUCUAUAAUCAGAAAGUGGAACAAGGCAUAAUGCAUGAGCUAUCUCUUUAUACUAAGGAAAUUAGUAGUAUACAAGAAAUAGAUAUGCAAAUUCCUGAACUUUCUCUAGAAAAAAUAUUAACAGGAUCUGAUGAAGUUAUGGCUCAGAUUAUAGCCAAUACAAUUAAUUGCCAAGAAGUGAUCAGCAUUCCGAAAAAGAAUGCACACGUGGUUGAACUGACUAGUUCAAACGAUAUAUCAAACACUAAGUCAACGGCUCAAAACUCUGCUUCCUUGAAAUUACCAGAAGCUGAAGUAAGUAUACCUACAUCUAACCAUCUUGUGACUGCCUCUGACAAUAAAUCUCGACCUCCAAUUUUGAUUUUACCUGAAGACUCGAAAGAGAAACAAAAUCAAGUGCUUUUAUAUAAGAAAAAAGAUAUAACAGCUAUUCAAAAAAAACUUGGUAUUAAUAGUAAUAUAAAUAAAAUGGCAGUGUCAGAGAGCAAGAUAGCAAAAGAACUUGCUGAUUUAUAUAAAUUGCUGUUAGAAUUGGUGAGGGAUUUAAUGCCUAUACAGGGAAAACUUGGUAUAGAUAUCAAUCCUAUUUUAGAAGCAGAACUUAGAAGAGAUGAAAUCUCUUCAGAUAAACCAAUUAGAUUAUUUGAUUUGCUUUUAUGCUUAGAAGAUGAUAUAAUGACAAUUCAGAAAGAACUUGGUAUUGUCGGUUAUACUAAUCAAGAAAUGGCAGAAGAAACUGAUAAAAAUACGAAAGUGUACUUCCGAAAGUUUGAAGAAUUUCAUGAUCUCUUAGAAGAUGAUCUAGGUGUAUUAAUAAAGAAAUUCGCUGAUAUAGGGGUAAAAAAAUUUUGGUUUACUGGUGAGGGACUACCAUUAUUUCCAAAUGUCUCUCCUCAACAAUUGCAUGAAAUUUUCAUCAAAAAAUCAGCUAGCAACAAUCAAAUAGGACGUUUCCUUACACCUUCAGUCUUAUGUAUAGCUUUUAUUUCCGAACUAGAUGUGGAAGAAUUAUCUGAAUUGCUGUCUGAAGUAAUCGAAUCGGAAGCAUCUGAAUCAGAAGAUGUAGAGAUAUUUAAUCUGUGGGAUAGUGAAUCUUUCGAUCUCCCAGGAA